GUGGUACCAAUUGAUAUAUCUUCUCUGCGUUGGGAAAUAACAUAGGGUGUUAUGAAAAAGAUCAAUGACUACCUUUCUUCCCCACAUUGCUUCCCACGAUAUUUCUAAUCGUACGGAGAGGGAUUGUAAGACUUUAGCCAAUUAAAUAAAGGCUCCAAAGGCUGCCAAAAUUCACUCUACUCAUUUUACGCUGGCUUUUAGCUCUAUAAAUAGGUAAAACGGCGCGAUUACAGAUUGAACGUGACAAUGCGUGAGUGGGUCGUGCAGCGCAUGCGUUAAUUGCGUUAAAUAUUUUAAUGUGAUAAAUAAAAAUUGAAAAAAUACCGCCGUUAACGGGAUAAAUUUGAUAACCCUACCUUAAGCCUAAACUAAAGACUCUGGAUGAGUGUAACAUCUUAUGUCUGUAACGUUAAAUACAAUUAGAAAAUGAUUUAAUUAAAAAAAAAAAGUAUAUUAAAAAAAGGCAUGUCCAAUAUUUUUUUGCUGAUUCCGAUACUUUGAAAAUGACGUGAUCGGACCCGAUCUAUCGGCAUCAUCUCUAAUUAUAAAUAAAGUAAAAAAAAAAAGAAGAAGAAAAUAACUGUGAGGUAUAGUAAGGUACUUUUUAUGGGACUAAAAAAAAACCCAAACAAUAAAAAACCCAAAACGACUGUCGAGUAACCCGGGGGGCUACCUGUAAACACAUUUAAAAAACUCGAUCUUUUUCACCCGAUUCCAAUCUUCUAAAAAUGAUUUUGGUUUUCCGAUCAUGUGAUCUGAUCGGGGACAUCCCAAGUUGGUUACACAAUCCAUCUCUGACGUCCGCGCUCGGUCCUGUUGUGGCUACUGUCCUUUUAUUGCAUUAGUGUUACUAUGGCGCGUGAUAUCUUUGGCCUGGCCUCAAGCCCGAGGACGCGGUUGAACGCGCACGCAUGUGUACUGUACACACACAAACGCACGCUGGGAAAGGCUCCGCCUCCCACGCAGUCUUCAUUCCUAACCUGAUUGGAAGCGGAGACGUUUGUCGACCUGCUUCGCUUGGCUUUAAAACUUCCCUGGCACUCGUUUUUGGAUCGGUUAGAAACUUUUGGAGCGUUUGGACUAGCAGCAAACAUAGGCAUGGAAGAAGCGGUGGUUUAUGCUUCGCAGCGGCCGUUUGACAGGCGACCCGGAUGUGCUGGAGUACUACAAGAAUGACCACGCCAAGAAGCCAAUCCGUGUGAUUGACCUCAACUUGUGCGAGCAGGUGGAUGCCGGGCUGACGUUCAACAAAAAGGACCUGGAGCACAGCUUCAUCUUUGACAUCAAGACCAUCGAUCGUGUCUUCUACCUGGUGGCUGACACCGAGGAGGAGAUGAACAAGUGGGUGCGCUGCAUCUGCGACAUCUGCGGCUUCAACCCCACCGAUGAUGAGGCUGCCAAAGCUGGCCAGCAGUCGUCCAUCGGGGGCCUGGUGGUGGACACCCCUCCGCACGUGGCAGCAGCAGCCGUGCUUACAGCAGUGCCGCCUCCCUACCAGCCAGUCAGCGUUCGGCAUCUGGACUCGCAAUCCAGCACGGAGGAGCCCCAGGACUACUUGUGGCUCUCCAACUGCGAGAGCAAAAAGCCAGACAGAUCCCACGCCGAAUGUUCCAAGUCUACCUCCUCCGAGACGGACCUGAACGACAACCUCCCGUCGCACCGGACGCCCACGUCGUCCACAUCGUCGGCCAAGCACAGCUCGCAGAACGGCUUCUUUGGCGGGCACCCGGCCCCCGCUUCCGCUUCGUCCCUGUACGACUCGCCCCCGUCGCGGGGCGCCUCCCUCCUGAGCGACAACGGCCUUUACCACCUUCCCCGCAGCUACUCUCAGGACACCGUGCUGCUCCCCAAGUCAGCCUCGUCCCCCACGGCCCACCCGGACCUCAGCGGCGACGGGUCCGAGCUCUACGUCUUCAACACGCCCUCGCGGAAGCCCUCCAUGGAGACGCAGAUCCGAAACUUGUCGGUCAGCUACGACAUCCCGCCCACGCCCGGAGCCAACUCCACCUAUCAGGUCCCCCGCACCUUGUCGUCGUCGGAGAGCGGCGGGGACGUGGUGCCCCCUCCCAGGCCGCCCAAGCCCACCUCGGGACCCCCGCCGGCCCCGGCCGAGCGCUCGCCCACGGACACUUACUACGUGCCUCGCUCGGCCUCGGAGACGGACGGAAACUACUGCGUGCCUACUAGCGCCGGGAAUAAAGCGCUACGCAGCAACACUAUCGGAACUGUCGACUGUUCGCGUAUACGCAAAGAUUUUGGCUCUCAAGAUUGCUACGACAUUCCCAGAUCAUUCCCGUCGGACAAGAGCUGCUCAUUCGACUUCAACGAAAGUUUCAACAGCUACUUUAAAAACAAAGGCAUGGUGCCAGUGGGUAGUCAGUCAUUGGAAGAAGUGGACCAGAACUACGUCCCCAUGAGCGCCAACUCGCCGUCCCACCACCACUCGGGCAGCUUGUCGGAAGCGCUACACGAGACCAAUUACGUGCCCAUGACGCCCAGCACCAUGGAGUUCUCUUCGCUGGGCAAGCAAGUGCCGCCGCCCGCCCACAUGGGCUUCCGCUCCAGCCCCAAGACGCCGCCACGGAGGCCCAUGCCCGGCGACUGUCAGCCGCCGCCCGUGGAUCGAAAUCUCAAACCGGAUCGUAAAGGUCAGAGUCCUAAAGUAAUAAGAGCAAAGGGGGUCGCUUUAGAGCGAAGCGACUCCCAAACUGUAGGCGAGUUCCCGCGGGGAAGACGCAAGGGAAAACCUGCUCCACUAGAGAUCAAACCACUGCCUGAAUGGGAAGAGCCCUGCACGCCGGUCCGCUCGCCCGUCACUCGCUCUUUUGCUCGAGAUCUCUCUAGGUUCCCCAUGCCCGCCCGGCCCCCGUCGGUGCAUAGCACCGCCUCCAGCACUGACUCCGAGGACAGUGAUGAGAAUUAUGUAGCCAUGAUCUCUAAUAUGAAGAACCAGUCAGAUGAACCAAACACAAAGCUGGGCGCGCCGAUGACUGUGGAUGGCGGGAGUAGCCCCAUGGUGAAGCCCAAGGGAGACAAGCAGGUGGAGUACUUGGAUUUGGAUCUGGAUUCGGGAAAGUCGACUCCACCUAGAAAGAUGAAGAGCAACGGCUCUGGCAUGGCGGCGUCGGACGAGCGCGUAGACUACGUGGUGGUGGACCAGCAACGGACGCAAGCCCUCAAAAGUACCCGCGAGGCCUGGAACGACGGCCGUCAAUCCACGGAAACGGACACUUCAUCCAAAGGAGCCAAGUGACCCAUUUUCUUUAACCGCAUCGCACCCGAACUCUCCGCGGCUUUUCCCGUCGCCACUCCGCCAUUUUCUGUUUUUUGCACUGCCGGCGGGAUUUUACGGAAACCGAGCGGACCGUCCGUCAACAAUUUUCCCGCGGGAUUUUCCGUCACCACUGGACGAAACAUCGGAAAAACACGGAACUGUCCACCGAGGCUUCGGUUUGGUUCGAGUCCGAAAAAAAAAGUGUUAUGUAUAUAAAUCGGAACAAGUGUCCUUUUUACCCGUACGGAAUAUUUAGCAUGUUGGACUCGGAAGGUGCGCGGAUUCUGCAGGGUAGAAUCGGCGUCGCAGUAGCGUUGUUGACGAUGGCGAUGACCUUGAGCUUGUUUUACAACAAAGCCGCCAUUUUCCUUAUAAGUUAUGCGGGAGGUAUCCAGUUUCUGAGCGUCGAAAUCAGGUACGCGUACUAACGGAUGGUUAAGUCAUCACUAAUUUAUUUCAGCAGCCAACGUUUUCAUGGUCCGUUCGCCUCAUUUCCGAUUUUUAAAGCGGUUAAUAUCGUCAGGAACACAAAAAAAGGCCUUACUAACCUGUGAAACAUCCCGAACGUGUGCCGUCAAAGCUGUACAUAUAUUUUUUUUGUGCCAGUGAUUGAAUUUAAGGUGUCGAUUUUUACAAAUGUGCCUACUAAAAGAUGUCACUUUUGUUGGACGUUUUGGAACUCUCCCUUGCAGUUUUUUUUGUGAUAAUGGGCUGCCAAGUAGAUGAUUUUUUUUUUUAAUCUUGAGAGGAAAAAUGUACAAAAUUUCAAGUGGACUAAAUAAAAUCCAAACUCAAUUGUUUGUGGUUUUGGGUUUAAUUGAUGCACUAUUUACAGGUUAAAGUGAAAGUAUCUGUGGUAAGUCAAAAUUCAAAAUAGCUCGAAAAUGCCAUUUGUGGAGAAAAUACGAUGGGGCUUUGCUGUGGUAAUUACGGAUCUAACAGGUCACCUCCUGUUGAUUAGGGGACAUGUCCGAAUGGAUGGCUCUCAAUGGCCUCGACUUAAUUGGGCACCAGUUGAAUGUCAAUAAGCUGUCAUGGAAAGUUUUUGGUCAAAAAUCACAAACACACAGGUUUUUCUGCAAUUGGAAAUCA